ACAGUGCAAAAAAGCACAUAAGAAAGUGAUGAAAUUUAUAGACCGAAAGGAAGUAUCGUUGAGACUAUAGAUGUGAUGAUUAAGAUUUUUGUUACCCUUGUGUAUGUCGUUGAGCUUAUUUCUUGUUAUGGUCAGCAUUGUUUCAAGAUCUUCCUUGAUUGAUAUAUCCGUUUCCAUGUCAGCCUUUACAUUUCCUUCCUUUUGUGGUGACUUGUAAAUAAUUUCUUCAGGACUUGAGCUUUAUUAAGGUGACUUGUAAGUAAUGUUGACUCCCACGAUCUCCCAAUUGAUGUUUCCCGUGAUAUUCUUCAAAAAACACUUGCUGCUAGUGUAAUAGAAAUACGAAGAAUGAUACAAACCAAAUAAAGACAAACGAAACUUUCGAAGUGAUGAACUCCUUACGCUUCACGAAACCACAAUCUAUUAAUUUAUUCAAUACACUACCAAUCUAGUAAACUGAAUCAUAGCAUGAGGAGAACGUAACAUGCAAGAGGCAGGACAUGUCAACCACAAAGACUUAACAUCAUAUGGUCUCUUAAAUUUGGUGAUAUGAGUAAUGUUUUACCUCUUUCUCGUGAUCGUCAAUGUGUCUGAACCCAAUCUAAAAUCAAAAAGAAAGUAUAUUAGUGCAUAUAAAAGAAAAUAGGCGAAAGACUGGAACCGAAGGGUUGACGUGUAAUACCUUAAUCGCUUGUUCAAUUGUUAACAGAACCAAGGCGCUGGUUCGAAGACCUAACAAAGCUAACUUGGCACCAAUGCUAUUCCAUGGCAAAAUCUAGAUUCAGAAGUGUGAUAGGUAACAUAAAUACAUUUUUAAAACAUCUUCCUCCAAAUUCAAACCUUAUGUCUCUAGAUCUGAACCUUCUUCUUUCAGCUAGGGUGCUUCUUCCUCUUUCUUUGAUGGAUCGUAUGGUAACCCAAGCCAAGUCUCCCCAUCACUCCGAUCAGUGUUCUCCCCGAGAAUUUGUGAAAUUAUUACUCUGAUUUGAUUCAGGCGUUCACAGCUUCGAGUAGAAAUCUAGCGACACUGCUUAGGAGGCUCAAUCUAGACCGGGACUCUAUUCUGCUUAGCACCGCAUGUGAAAGAGGAAGACGACGGUCUUCUUGUUGGUCUUGCGGUCGCUGGAGAUUGAAGCGUUUCCUUUGGGUUCCAUCGGGAUGAUUGUUUGAGAGAAGCUUUUCAAUUUUAAUCGAGACACAAGCUAAGAGAAGAGAUUUAUAAAUAGACAAAGGGAGAGGAAGGUGAAAAGGAUCCAUUGAAUGAGUUCAAGCAAAGUUUGAUUAGAGAGGUGAAGGUAUGCGAUGAAACCGAUUUAGAGAGAAGAGUAAUGCAAGAUGUGGAAGUCGAAAGGUAAAAGAAAAACGACGGAAAGAGAGAAUGAGUUGCAAGGAAAAGAAGCACAAAACAAAAUAAGAAAAUAUAAAAAAAGAAGCCCAAAACAAAACUCUAAGCCCAAAGAUGACAUGGAUGAUUGCUGAAAUAUUAGUGGUUGAUUUUCUGAUCUGAUGUGGCAUAGGUAAGAAUGCUUCUUAUUCUCCUUUUAAUAGUGUUAGAUAGUAAUAGUUUUUUUAUUUGUGAGAUGAUUAAUUAUGAUAAAAACUUUCAACAAGAUGUUAAGAAUCCAAUUUUUUAAGAAAUCCUGUAAGUUUCACAGCUAAACAUUUGCUAGCGAUCACAUUGUCAUUGGCCAAUGCUGGCCACGCAUCUCUAACAUUAGUUAAAUAAUCAUUUUGGCUAGUUACACGUAACAGAGUUAAUUCUCCCUUCUAUAUAUUGCGUAUGUUUAACAUUCAUUCAUCAAUGAAGAAUCAUUUCCCCUUAACUAUUUUCUUAUGUUAUUAUCUUUUCGUCUCUCUUUUACUUGGAUCGAAAUUUAUCUUCUCAAUACUUUCCUCUAUCGUUUUUAAGCUUUGGAAAACAUAUACAAACUUGAUAUCUUUCACAUUAUCAUAUGUACUCCCCUACAAUGGCUGUACCUCUUCAAACGAAGUGCACUCUAAGUCCCAUCACAAACAACAUACCAAGAAGCCAUUGUCCGUCGCUUCUCCGUGCACGUGUUACGUGCUCUCUUAUCCCCGCCAAGAAGUCUCAUCCUAACCGUGAGAAGCUCGUUCUUGAGAAACGCCUUGUGAACCCUCCUCCCUCCAACGACCCAACUCUACAAUCUACACUGACCCACCGGUUAUGGGUCGGAGCGGGUUGCACCACCGUGUUUGCCUCUUUUGCCAAGUCUAUUAUUGGAGGGUUUGGUUCUCAUAUCUUGCUCGAACCAGCUUUAGCCGGUUACGCAGGUUACAUCUUAGCUGAUCUUGGCUCUGGUCUAUACCACUGGGCCAUCGAUAACUACGGUGAUGAGUCAACGCCUCUCGUAGGAACCCAAAUCGAAGCUGCACGAGGUCACCACAAAUGGCCUUGGAUAAUCACCAUACGUCAAUUUGCAAAUAAUUCACACGCUCUGGCUCGUGGAAUAACCUUUACGGUUCUUCCACUAGUUCUUGCAUGUAAUGACCCGGUGGUUCAUGGCUUUGUGAGCAUGUUUGCAUUUUGCAUAUUGUUUUGCCAACAAUGUCAUGCUUGGGCUCAUGAAAGAAAGAGUAAGCUUCCACCUCUUGUUGUGGCGUUUCAGGACAUGGGGCUUCUCCUUUCACGAAGACAGCACGUGAAUCAUCACCGCCACCACCGUACGUAUAUGAGUUACUGCAUAGUGAGUGGGGUAUGGAACAAUGUUUUGGAUGACAAUAAGAUCUUUGAGGCAUUAGAAAAGGUGUUAUAUGUCCAGUUCGGGGUGAAACCUAGGUCAUGGAGCGACCCAAACUCCGAAUGAACAUAGAAUUUGAUAUCUCCAACAACCUAGCAUAUACAUUAAUCAUCCAGAAAAAUAUUUGAUACAAUUUCUUAAAUAAGUAAAUCAUUAAACGAUAUAUUCUCCAUCUUUUGUUUUAUCUUAUUUCUCAUCUUGUAAUAAUGUUCUUGUAUUGUCUCAUAUAAAGGUGAUGAUUGGUAAGUGCUGUAGCUUUAUAUUUUUUGCUGUAGAAUUUAAUCUGUAGAUUUAUUUGCUGUAGCUUUCUUUGUUGUAGAUUUCUAAAGCACUAAUUUUUUGCUCUGGAAAUAAAGCUCUCUACAGCCAUAUUUUGAUUUUGCAGAGAUUUUUUUGCUGUGAGUUUUUUAAGGAAAGCAAAGCUCGAUUGGUUGAGAUAUAUAGCUGUAGACUAAAUUUUAGCUGUCCAGAGCAUCUACAGCCUCAACCAAUCAUCCCCAAAGUCUCGAAUACCUCUUUUGUUUCUCUAUUUGGAAAGCAUUUUCCCACAAGCUUAAUGGGAACAUAGAACAUGGUGUUUUGCUGGAAAAGUAAAUAAAUAAAUAAACCAACCAAUGAAAAAUUCCUAAAUUUACAGCUUCUUCAAAAAUUAAAGCAAUAAUGUGGUUAAUACAUUUACAGUCAUCUUUUAUUUAUUCUACUGUAAGUCAAGACGCCAAACUGCACACUUUUACUAUUAGGAAAAUAUAUUAAAAUUGUAUAAUUUUAACUUGUAAUUCCAUAAGAAAAUGUGAUGCGAUUGAUUAAUUAUGUUCCCUAGUUCAGUAAAUACAACUAUGACUUUCGAAUAAAAAGGGCACACUUAAAUAAUUAAUGAAAUCUAAUCUUAUAACCAUCUCAUGUAUAUUAAUAGAGAAACAUUUGAAAAAUUGUAACAUUGAGUUUGUAUUAAUUAAAAAAAGGUUUUGCUUAAAUAUUACUUAAUUAUGAUGUCAAUUUAGUUUACAUAGCAAUAUAAGAAUUAAUUAAAAAAUUAAUAAGUACAAAAUCCAAUUGUUAGAAAAACUUAUAUUAACCCAAACAUAAAUGUAUAUGAGAUGAUAAACUUAAUAUUCAGCGAUCUCAUUAAAUGAAUUUUUUUUUAAAAUGGCUCAAGGUUGAUUUAUAUUGUGAUCCAACAUGAUAUGUUUUUUCUAAAAGUGUAAGAUAUACUCUUAGUAUUUAUUACUUGGACAACAGUUUAAAUCAAAGUUUGAUAUAUAUUAUGGUCUAAGUAUUGCAUGCUUUUGCUAUAAAUCGGAAAGUAAUGAUUUUUUUAAUUGUUGUUUUUUUAUUAAUAACAAAGAGACACAUCUAUUCAAAACUAUUUUCUUAAUAAAAGAA